GCGCUCGGUAGCCAUUGACCGCCCCAUGACUAGAUGGCCUUUCAUCCCAUCUGUUGUGGCAGUUUCUCAUUGUGUACCUUUUUUUAUGUAUUUGCAAUUAAACCGUCAAAAAACGCAUGUGCAAAUGACCUUUCCAUCUACCCGCGCGCGCACACACGACCUGCUUCUUCUCUUCAACAUUCCGGUUUCUGAGAGCCAAGUUUUUCCAGUCACCCUCUGCGGACAGCAGGAAAAAUAAGCUCGCCACUUUAAGUUUUGGGCACCUUGGGGCCUCGGCCAGCAUCAGCAAAGGCGACCCAAUUAGCGGUGGGACCGCUUAUGAUGGAUGGUGCCUCUGAGUGUCGGUGUCAGGUGAUUAACACUUCAUUUGCUGUAAAUGAUACCAAAGCGCCUGCGGUACCCGAGUCAUUCAGCUGGAUAAACGCAAGCGGACACUUUUUAUUUUCCAGUCUUCCACUUUCCUGCGUGAGGUUGAUUGGAAAAAAAAAGAGAUGUAACGUAACUGCGGUGAUGGUAAAUCUUUGGAUUGGAGGGGGGGGCCCUCCUUGUCAAAAUACCACAUUAAUCAUUGAAUAUGUAACAUGACAAUAAUUACAGUAUGUCUGUUUUGGAAUCUUAUUUUUGGAAUGAGGCUUGUUCGGAUGUGUAUGAUUUGACAAAAUGUUUACCCUACGCUUGUGAUGUCACUGGAUCACAUCAGUAUAGAUUUUUUUUGGCACUCGAGGGGCCCCGACCGCAUCGUCUCGGCUUCUGAGUCGGUGAGCCACUUGGACUCACCUGCUGGCUGGAUCUGGUCCCUGUGCGCUUUUCCUGCGGUUUUAUUUUGAAAGCCCCCACUGUAUUCACUCGAGUAAGUGUUAUUGUAAAGAUGGAGCGUGGGGUUUGGACUCAUCCAAAGGCACUCAUCCCCCCCCCCCCCCCCCCCGCCAACGGAAAGGUGGAUUAUGGGGCUAUUCAGGUGCUGCCAGGUUCUCCGGUGGCGUCUCGUUAAACCUCUCGUGCACCCUGUAACCUGAGAACAUGUUAAGAUGUCCGCUGUAGUCAACGCUGUCCCUGAAAGGCCUCAUAGCCAAGCGCGGGGAUCCUGACAAAUCCUGACGUGGUCUCCUUGCUUGUUUUGUUUGCCCCCAACCUCAGAUCGCUGUACAAGGACUCAAUGAGCGUGCGUUGCCACAAGGCCUGCCACCUCAACAACUUGGCCUGCAUGCGAGACCCCGUCCACAUGCUCACCUACACCGUCCUCUCCCUGCCCACCUACACCGUCGUCGAUCAACCCCAAGAAAUCGCUAUCCUGCGGACAUCGUUGCCGGCUCAUUACGCCAACGGUGACUUCGAUGUGGUCUUUGAAAUGCUGAAGACGGACGACCACUACUCCUAUGAUGUCGUCAAGCGCGUUUAUCAAGGUUACGUGAUAGGUGUGGUGCGCCAGGUGAGACCCAUCGCUGGGCCCCGGGACCUUGAGUUGCAGGUGGCCUUGAACUUCAUCAAGCCGGGAUUCGUCUCACACCGCAACAUCGUCGUCAUCAACAUCAUCAUCUCCGAGUUCUCGUUCUGAGCUGCGUGGCAUAUACGACGUCAACAGAUGAAUGAGGACGUUGCGACGUCCAAAUUGUAUGCUCAAAUUGUAUAAAUAGCCUAUUAUGAAUUAUCUGCAUUAAAAUUGUUUUUUUGUUUGUUUUUU